CACACAGAGCACGUGGCCUUGGGUGGGGAAGGGGCUGGUGCAUGUGCUUAGAGACUGGGUCAAGUCUGCACCUGCCCCAGUUGCUUGGCAGAACAGCACAGGCUGGCAAGGCUUGUGCGUGGGCAGCAGCCAGCCGCAGCACCAUGUGCUGACGACCUCACCACCACACUCCCCCUGGUUAGCUCUGUGUCAGAACCACCCCCAGAACCUCAGUUAAGCAAAGGGGUUGGUUUCUAUGGAGACACAGCAUCCUUUCUCCAUGGCAACCUGAAAUCCUGAAUCCCAAGUUAGGUUCAAGAAUGAGUCAUCUGUGACCAGUAGGGGGUGCUCUUCUGCAAGGCUGACCCUCAAGGCAGGGAGACCAGACUUAAGGUGACCCAAGGGUGUGGCUGGGCCUUCAGGGAUGGAAUCGGCCUGCUUAACCCCUCCCCACCCCAGCUCCAUGGUGGGAGGAGGCUGCCUAGGCUGCAGGAGGAACUGUGUGGAAGUGACACCCUGCAGCUGGGGCUCCCAGCCUGGUGCUAGUGUGGAGGUGAUCCUGGACCCUCCAGGCUGGGCCCAGAACAGAGAGGAAUUGGGCACUGGCCAGGCAGAGUGGACACAGAAGAGUUAACUGACGGGGUGUGACAGGGCGAACCGCCCUCAGGAAGUGUUACUCACCGCUGGGAAUGUGCGCCUGUGCCUGGGGGCUGAAUUCUCUUCCUGAGUCCUGGGAGAAGCCUAAGUAGAACAGAGAAAGGAGAACCACGAAGGAGCUCCUAGCCAUGGAAGACACUGGGGAGCCAGAGGCACACCAUCCCAGAACACCCAGCCCAAGCCUUGCCCCUGGACACUUGGAGAAAGUAAAGCUACCCCAGGACCCACUGUAUGACAUACCUGAUGCCAGCGGGGGUCAGGCAGGUGGGUCCCAGCGGCCCACGCGCACUGUGAGCCUUCGGGAGCGCCUGCUGCUCACCCGGCCCGUAUGGCUGCAGCUCCGGGCCAAUGCCGCAGCAGCCCUGCACAUGCUGAGGACCGAGCCUCCGGGGACAUUCCUGGUGCGGAAAUCUAACACCCGCCAGUGCCAGGCCCUGUGUAUGCGGCUGCCAGAGGCCAGUGGCCCCUCCUUCGUCUCCAGCCACUACAUCCAGGAGACUCCUGGUGGUGUCUCUUUGGAGGGCUCUGAGCAUAUGUUUCCAGACCUAGUCCAGCUCAUCUGCGCCUACUGUCACACCCGGGACAUCCUUCUCCUCCCACUCCGACUCCCCAGAGCCAUCCAACAGGCAGCCACCCACAAGGAGCUGGAAGCCAUCUCCCAUCUGGGCAUUGAGUUCUGGAGUUCCUCCCUCAACGCCAAGGCUCAGAGGGGCCUAUCCGAAGGCCCACCACCACCCCGGCUGAAGGCCCGCUCCCCUCACGAGCUGGACCAGGGCACUGGCGCUGCCCUCUGCUUCUUCAAUCCCCUGUUCCCUGGGGACCUUGGCCCCACUAAGCGUGAGAAAUUCAAGAGGAGCUUCAAAGUCCGAGUGUCGACGGAGACCUCCAGCCCUCUGUCUCCACCUGCCGUGCCACCUCCCCCAGUCCCUGUGCUGCCAGGAGCAUCCCCCAGCCACCCAGAGCGGCCUCCCCCUCAUCAGCUGCUGCGGAGGGAGAGCUCAAUGGGGUACCGUGUGCCAGCGGGCACCAGCCCUAGCCUCCCGCCCCUGCCCUCCCUCCAAGAGGUAGAAUGUGGCUCCCCUAGCAGCUCUGAGGAGGAGGAGGGGCCACGAGGGUCCCGGGGCAGCCCCUCCAUCUCCCCCAGUCUGGGCCGCCGAGGGCACAGGCGGCCUCUGCUUAGAUCCAUGAGUGCUGCCUUCUGCUCCCUGUUGGCUCCUGAGCGGCAAGUGGUCCGUGUAGCUACAGCGCUGGUGCAAGACAGACACACAGGUGUGGGCCAGCUGGUACAGGACCUCCUGACACAGGUGCGGGCUGGCCACGAGCCCCAAGAGCUGCAAGGCAUCCGCCAGGUACUGAGCCGGGCCCAGGCCAUGCUGAGUGCGGAGCUGGGGCCUGAGAAGCUGUUGCCACCUGACAGGCUGGAAUAUGUCCUGGAGAAGUCAUUGCAUCGCUUGGUGCUCAAGCCUCUCCGGCCCAUCCUGGCAGCUCGCCUUCGGCGCCGACUUUCUGCUGAUGGCUCCCUUGGUCGCCUGGCCGAAGGCUUCCACCUGGCCCGGGCCCGGGGCCCUGGAGUCUUCGGGUCUCACCUGAGCCCACCCUCCCUGGCGGAGAUGGAGCAGGUGCGCCAGAAGCUACUGCAGCUACUCCGCACCUACUCUCCCAGCGCCCAGGUCAAGCGGCUCCUGCAGGCCUGCAAAUUGCUCUACACAACCCUGAGGGCUCAGGCAGGGGAGAGUGCAGGUGCUGAUGAGUUCCUGCCACUGCUGAGCCUCGUCUUGGCUCAGUGUGACCUUCCAGACCUCCUGCUGGAAGCUGAGUACAUGUCGGAGCUUCUGGAGCCCUCCCUGCUCACCGGAGAGGGUGGCUACUACCUGACCAGCCUGUCAGCCAGCCUGGCCCUGCUGAGCAGCCUAGGCCAGGCUCACACCCUUCCCCUUAGCCCAGCACAGGAGAUGCAGCGUUCCCUGAGGCUCUGGGAGGAGCGGUGUCUGCCUGCUACCCACAGCUUCCAGCACCUCCUCAGAGUAGCUUACCAGGACCCCAGCAGUGGUUGCACCUCCAAGACCCUGGCAGUGCCCCCAGGGGCCUCAAUUGCCACUCUAAACCAGCUCUGUGCCACCAAGUUCCGAGUGACCCAGCCCGAUGCUUUUGGCCUUUUCCUAUACAAGGAGCAGAGCUACCACCGCUUGGCCCCAGGAGCCCUGGCCCACAGGCUCCCCCCAGCCUGCUACCUCGUCUACGGCCCGGCAGAGCAGCCUGAAACCCAGGAGGAUGCAAGACAGGAGAUGGGUAGUGGGUUCCCAGAGUCAGGUAGCUGGGAAGAGGAGAAAGAAAGCCAGGGAGAGGGGAGCAUGGGGAUCAAAGCCAGCCCCAAGAACAGUGGGGGAAACUAUAAGGCUGCUGAGGGGGGUGAGCAUGAGGCUGGGGAGAGCCACGUGCAGCCAGGGGAGCCAGAGACUGAGGGAAGCCAGGCCACAGAGGAGUAGGUGGAAGGGACCAGAGGGUCAUGUGGGGCAGGAGCCUGCCGAGAAGGCUGGCAGAGCCACUAGCCCACUCACCAAGACCACAGCCUCCUUGGCCACCCCCACCCCAGCCCUCUCCUGUGUCUGCCACCGCCUCUGAUGCUAACCUCCAGGAGCACAUCUUCUGAGGGCUGGGGACUGGCCACAGCUGAGGGACUGGGAUAAAAUUGAGGGGUUUGAGAGACUUCUGUAUCCAAAGCCCUUUGUCUCUUGUUCGUCCCCAGCCUAUAGCAGUGAGUGUGUCCAAUGGGAAAAAUCCAACAGAUGGCCAACCUCUGGCACAGUGGGUGGGUGGGGGUCUGGGCCCCCUUUACAUCUCCCACCAUGAGUGCAGGCAGGGAUACUGGGGCCCUCAAGGUCCUGAAAGGUGCCAGUCACUUCUGGUGUCUGGAGGACUUAGAGAGGCAACACAGUGGCAGCAAAGUCCCCAGAAGGACCAACUCCUCCCAGCCUCAGCGUGCUCAUCCCCAAAGUGGGGAUACUAGUACCACCCUGCUUGCCUCCCAGAAGUGGUCCAGCGGAUGGGUGAUCUUGCUGCAAAGCAGGGCUCAGACUAAGGCAGAAGGGAGGGAAGAAGCUGGGUGUUAUCAGCUCUCACCUGCUCUCUUCCAUGAGCCCACUCCCUGCCCAAUGGGCUCUUACUUGUGGCUUCUCACUCUAUCAGUCUAGGGAAGGUUAUUCGCUGGAGGCCACACUCUGGAGAGAAACCACCCAUGUUCCAGCCUUCUCCCAGGAUUGGCAGUCAGGGGAAUUGGCCAGUGGAGAUAAUGCCCACCCUCAGGAGCUGACCAUCUGGAAUGGAGAACGAGUCUCUGAAACCAUUUUCUCUGCACUAAACUUUUGGCCCUCAUAAAAGCUUUAUGGGGAUAAAAGGCUUGACUUGUUGGCCUCAUUGAAGCACAAGAAGGCAACUCCCAAGACAUCACCCAGCAAAGCAGCCCUCAAGGCCAGGAGAGCCCCAAAGGGAAACCCCGGAGGCAAAUCUGAAAGAAUAAAAAUACCAAUCACUUACCACAAGGGGGCGCACGCGACCCAGGAAGCUUCCAGGAGGGUAUGCUCAAGGGCCAGAGCAUGUGUCAUGGGUCAUUGUCCUUGCUCACCUACAGCCUUCAGGCAGCCUGGGGACAGCGUAGGACUGAGAUUACUGGUCCUCGGGUCUCUUAGAGUUAGAGGUCUGGGCCAGAUCAGUUUCUCUGAGACCAUUCCUCAGGAAAGAAUUGUCCUGGGAUCAGGGAGGACCCCCAUUAGCCUGAGUGACACUCCUUUCAUGUGCUGAGCACAAAAGGAAAUCAACCCACACAUAACAACCAGGAGGUAGAAAUAAUGGAGAUGAGCUUUCACACAACCCAUAGCCCAGGUAUGGGGCUCCCAAAUUUCUCACUAGGCCACUGAAGUGCUCCCCCCCACCCGCUCUACCCCUGCCCUGGGCUCCUUGCUAGUAGGAAGCCUCCCCUUUAUUCUGUUGUGUGUCCUCCCUGGCAGCCCCCAUCCCCAGUGCCUUGUUCAGUGUGAGCACACCAUAGGUGCUCAAUAAAAACUGUC